CGAGGCGGAGCCGACGACGCGGGAGCUGGGGAGGAGGAGGUGGAGGAGGAGGAGAGUUCGGAGCCGUCUCCAGGAUCCCUUAGAGACCGAGUGCCCGGCGGCAGCGGCGGGGCAGCGCAUCGGCAGACGCGUGAGCACCAGGCGGAAGACUCAGGUGAUUCAUUCCCCUCGCUGGAAACCUGAAAACAGCCACACAAAGUCUUGCUGAUUUCAGGUAAAAACAGUAACUGAAGAUGUCAAGCAAAACAGCCAGCACCAACAACAUCACCCAGGCAAGGAGGACUGUGCAGCAGUUAAGACUAGAAGCCUCCAUUGAAAGAAUAAAGGUUUCAAAGGCCUCAGCGGACCUCAUGUCCUACUGUGAGGAGCAUGCUAGGAAUGACCCUUUGCUGGUAGGGAUACCGACCUCAGAAAACCCCUUCAAGGAUAAAAAAACUUGCAUCAUCCUAUAGAGGAAGAGCGAAAUGGUCCCUCACCUCUUCUCAACAAAUCAAAUGAUGAGCAGCUCCUUGAAGAAAAUUACCUUCAGCUUAUUUGGUAACCACUGCUAAUAACUAAAAUGCUCUUACUGUGGAAUAAUAGACUCCGAAGUCUUUAUUUUCCAAGUUGUCCUUUCUCUGAAAUGUGCUUUACUGAUCUAACAUAAAAUAAUAGUCUUGUUUUCCAUUUGGUAACUAUGGUGUCCUGUUGGGUUACUGCUUCAUGAAAGUCCGCUGGCCUUUUAUAAAACACAAUUACAUGCUUUCAAGUAUAUGAACGAUCCAGUCACGUCAAGGCCUAAAAUGCCUGAGCCCCUGUUUAGAAUAAAAUGCCAAGAAUAGCUUAAGUCUUUAAACCUUUAUGUCAUAAUUAUUCUUAAUAGGGUUGUGCCAACCUGUACAGUAUACACGGGUGAGGAAUGUUUGUGUGAGCGUGUGUGUGUAUAUAUAUAUAUAUAUAUAUACACAUAUCUUUGUAUAUACACAUAUCAAAGCUUAUUUGCUUAUUAUAAUUUCUCUGUUUUCAUACCAUCAGUUCCUCAGCUUCAGAAGUUACCUUAAGCUAUGUAUAGGUAGAGUAAGAACUUCUUUUCAUAUAGUUAUUGUACAAAAAGUAAAGAGCAUCCUAAAGGUAGUAUUUGUUGUAAUCAAGUUAUGAAGUCAUCUCUUGCUAACCCUUUUAGGCUACAGUAAACUACCAGUUAAGGUUUUAAAAUUGAACUCAAAGUCCUUUUAUAAUGUGAGGUAUUCUUUCACAAGAGGCCUUUCGGGCUUCAGCAAUCAUGAGUCUAGAAAAAGGGGAAGGUGCUCUUGGGGAGAACUCCAGGCCUCGGUGCCCCCAGGGCUCACACUCUCUGGAUCAGGGGUGUGCGCUUCUGAAAUUUCCACCUUAAUGACGGGAAUGAGACCAAGCGCACUGGAGCCUGGCAGAGGGAGAAGUAGGACAGUGUGAAAACCAGCUGCUGUUCCGGACCAGCCUUAGUGACUUAGCUCCUCUGUUUCUCUCUGCCUUCCUCACCUUUCCUCACCCGCUAGAACAUCUAUUUGCAGAGAUCAUGUUCACCUCCCCAGCCCAAGUGGGCGGAACAUGGUGGGAAUGAAACAUGCAAAAAACAUGAAGGUAACAAGACACAGGCUCUUUUCAACCAUCUGCAGUGUCAUCCCUGCCUUGUCCGAGAACCAUCUGAGAGAGGCGUGGAUUCAGUGGCACACAGCUUAAGCCCAAGCGUUCCAGCAGCCGGGCGUUGGGUUCCUUGAUUUUCCUCUGGGCACAAGUGUGGCCCUCACGUGCUGGGAAUUUCCGGUCAGGAACCCCCAAAGGAGGACCUUCCUGUGACCAGAGAGUGUGUUCACUUUAUCAAAAGAGAAGAGAGGUUUUUUUUUUUAAAACAUGCUCACUAAGGGCCAAACCAUACACAUAGCCUUUGACAUUAUAAUUCAUCUUCAGUUCCUUAAAAAUAACUACAAAUAAAACACAUAUUAUUUACAAUGGGUUUUUCCCCAGUUUUGAACAGUCUCACCCUACAGUACAAGCCCCUUUUAAAAUCUAAUGUCAGGGCUUUGAGUAGUAUAUUAAUUGUGGAUGAACAGCUGCAGGACUGUUUUAAACUGCUCAAACGCAGUCAUUAUUCUCCACGUCACCUGUCUGUUCAGCAUUAUGAACUGCCCUCACUUUUUCAAGACCAUGUGAAUCACGCCACUGCCCUUAACCUCUUGUCCUCUAGCACUUGGUUCUGCAGCAAAGCCUGAUUCCCAAGUAAAUUAUAGGCACCUGUUUAGGAGCGAGAAGGGUUUUACCUUUCAAAAGGUGAAAUUUGAAAUGUACACUAAAAAGACAACUUUACAUUUAAUGCCUCACUUAAGGAGACAUUCAUGUUUUUAAUAAGUAUAUUUUUCUGGUAGUUACAAAACACUAAUCUUAUUUUCACUCUGAUUCUUAGUGUUUCUUAAAUAUUUAUAAUACAUCUAAUUAAAAUGUUUUCAAGAAAUUAUAUGUUUAUUAUACAGUUAUGUGCACAUUUUUGGUAGCAGGCAUAGAUUAUUCAGUACGAAAGCAUGUUCUUUUACCUAGCAGAAAACAAAUUUGUUUUAUUAUAUAAUUUGUUAAGAUGGUUGAAGCGAUAAGGAAUGGACUUGAGGUCCCAAGAGAUUUCAUUUUAUUUUUGCCAUCCAGAGAGCAAAGGCCGUGACUUUGCUCUGAGGAAACUCACGUAACUUCCUGAACAGGUAUACGGCCUGUUCGAGACACAGCGAAAUCAAAUCUCUUGAUCCUGGACCCAGGGGGGAUGGGGAGGGGGUGAAUUGUAGCUAAAUGUUGGUUUACUUAUAACUUAGACAUCUACGUGAGAAAAUAUAAUAUAUGUAUACAUAUAUAUAAUAUGCAGAAGUCACUUUUAUUUAUCAGGCUUUAUUCUACUUAUGAAGCCACAGCUUAACUGUUCUGCAGUAGUAGCUGGUUUGUGGUAAUGAUGAACAGAUGCCCUGAGUGUGUUAUUUUCUUCCGACUGCCACGGUAGUGACACACUUAAUCACACCUACACGGCACCUUCCCGGCUUCAUGUCUAUGAAGCCAUUUAAAAUAUGCUCACUGUACUUUGAUGCUUCUUCUCUUAACAGCGAUCUUUUCUUUUUUUCAUUUUAUAUUAUUAUUAGUUCAUCGUAAAUCUGUCCCAUUGAGUCCUCAGGAUCAUGGCAAGGUAUGUUAGACAAAAUUCCAUGACUCCAAAGAAUUUCACAGAAACACACUCUUUUUCCUAGAGAGAAAACACUUUAUUUACCAAGUGAUUCACAAGUUAUAGGUUGUAACUACAUUUUUUCUAAAAAGAAUCAGGUUUUUACUUUUCCUUACCUUAUUAAAAAAAGUGCCACACUCAUCUUUUGAAGGAAAGACCUGCUUUGCUUUCUCUUUGUUUGGAGUAUUUUUGUACUUUCCGUAUUUCAAACCAUCAGAAAAAAAAAUACCAAUGAUUUAGUCAUUUUAAGGCAUAGCUUAGCUUAGGUAACGGAGGACAUGCCAAACUUUCUCUCAGAUACCUUCUUCUCGGCUGAUUUACUAAUAAAAUAGUGUCAUCUGAAUGAUCACACCAGUUUUGAUUUAAGCUCUAAAUAGGCCCAAGAAGUGAAUUACACCACAUGUCAGUUCUUUCUCAAUAAAAUAAAUGUAAUACAGAGUAUGUUAUGAAUUGUAUUGAUUUUUUUAUGAUAUAUCUGUUACUAAGAAAAAGUACAUUGAAUCAAGUAGAAUUACAUGUAGAUUAAAAUCGAGCGCUUAUCUAAAGUGGGUGGCCUAGAUUGUUUUCUAGCCAACCCUGUGGCCCUGUGGCCCUGUGGCCCUGUGCCCCUGUGUCCCUGUGUCCCUGUGUCGUGUCACUUCGGACAAGGCGCUUCCUCUCUCUGGGCCUCCACUUUGCCGUCUGUAAAACAAGGGGCUCGAAGAAGCUGGUGACUGCGAUCCCCUCCUGCCCUCGUAGUUCUCCAUCCAGUGGCUAGCCUUCCACUCAUCUGCCAACCUGUUGGUGCUAUACCUGCUUCAAACAUCAGACUAGUUCGUCCAUCGUGUGUGCUCAUUUAAUAGCUAAUGAAAGGCCUUCUUGUCAUGCAGCUUUUUUCUAGCUUUAUGGACUUGAUUACUGUAAUAAUGUCUUGUUUUUAGCCAUGUAACUAAAAACAUAUAUCCUCUUGAUGUCUCAGUAAAUUUGAUACAUAGUUGGUGGAAUUUUGUUAUUUUAAAACAUUCUUUGGCUGCUCAUCUGUCCAGCCUCUUAUUAACCUGAAAACUGUGAUCAUUGUUUGGAAAUCUGUCCUAUGAAAAGAAUAAAAGCAUUUAUUUCACAGCUAACAUGUUCACAGACUUGAAAGAAGUUUCAUUAAAGCACCAUUGCUCUCUU